UGUUGACCCGCCACGUCUGUGUACCCCUCGCAUGGCAAGCAGUAUGGUCUAGCCUCUGAGCCCCUCACGGAGCGCUGCUGGGGUGCGGUAGGCGGAGCAUCUCCUUUGCAUUCCAGCGCUGGGACCCUGCAGCCUGUGACCUUGGAACCGCAGGGGCUGCAUCGUUAGAGUUACCAAGAGCAGAGGGCCAGGACUUCCACGGCUUUAGGAAUGUUCAGAACUUACCUUUGCCCCAGUGCCUGAACCUGGAAUCUGGAAUGUGGAAUCUGGAAUCUGGAAGGGCUGGUUGACCUGGCCUCUGCGAGCCCCUGGCUUGCUUCUCUCCGAGCAGGCAUGACAACAGGGCUGGUGCUGCUGAGUGACUGCCUGAGGUGUCUGCUGGCUGGUGGUGAAAAGUGACAGGGGCUGAGGCUGUGUGAGUGGUGGGGCCUGGAAGAUCUGACCCGCCGGCAACCUCUGCAGACCUCUGCAUUAUGACCCGGCUGCUUGGCUACGUGGACCUCUCGGAACCCCACUUUGUGGCUGCUGUCCUUGCCAUUGUCUUCAAUCCACUCUUCUGGAAUGUGGUUGCGAGAUGGGAACACAAGACCCGAAAGCUGAGCAAGGCCUUCGGGUCCCCCCGCCUGGCCUGUUACACCCUGGGUGGGGCCAUCCUGCUCUUGAACGUCCUGCGCUCCCACUGCUUCACACAGGCCAUGCUGAGCCAGCCCCGGAUGCAGAGCUUGGACAACCCUGCCGCCUACCACGUGGGCCUGGCGCUCCUGGGAGUGGGCGGUGUGUUCGUCCUUUCCAGUUUCCUAGCGCUGGGCUUCACCGGGACCUUCCUAGGCGACUACUUCGGGAUCCUCAAGGAGGCCAGAGUGACCAUGUUCCCGUUCAGCAUCCUGGACAACCCCAUGUACUGGGGCAGCACAGCCAUCUACCUGGGCUGGGCCAUCGUGCACGCCAGCCCCACCGGCCUGCUGCUGACCGCGGUGGUGGCACUCAUCUACAUGGUCGCCAUCGUGUAUGAGGAGCCCUUCACCGCCGAAAUCUAUCAGCAGAAAGCCUCCCAGGCCUGCAAGAGGAGCUGACGGCCACGGCCACUCUGGGAGAGUUCCCACCUCAGGCCUGCCCCGAGCACAGGCCCCUCGAGGGGGAGAGCGGUGCUUGGCGAGGACUGUCUAAUGCCUUGGAAACAUGGCUUGAGGGCUCUGGACAGGCGCCUUGUGGCCCCAGAGCGCCCUGCCCUGCUGUCCGCCUUGUCCUGACUAAUAAAAGGCACCUGACCCAUC